AUGUUAAUUUGGAAGAAAAGCGACAUUCUAUUAUUCAAAUGCGAUUAGCAAAAUAGCAACAAAAAAGACUCAUUUUUAAAGUAAGAAUAUGUUAAGAAAGAAAUUAUUUAAUGCGGGUAAGAAAGGUUAGAUAAUUCAUUUAGUUUAAGCGGUUUUUAAUCUGAUUUCAUAGAAAAUAUAAUUGAGAUUGAAAAUCCAGGUCAUUAGCAAUCUAACAAAUAAUAAGCUAUUAAACCUAAAGAUAACCAAAACUCAAAAAAUGUUAAUUCUACUUCCAAACAUUUUGGAAUGUAUAGUAAAAUUGAGUAUAAUAGCGAUGACUCUGAGUAAAAUUUUAAAAAUUAAUUGAGUAAGAAAAAAAUUUUAAAAAUUGAAAGGAAAUCCAAAGAGAGAUAAAAAAGGAGUAAAUAUUAUGAAAGAAUGGCCAUUAAAGACUCUCUUUAAAGUGAAGGAGAAGAAAAUAAUGAGCUUUACGUUUAAAGUAGAGAUAUUUUGAUAAAUGGCAAAAAUUUUGAAACAUUUGGAAUUAGGAAUAAAUUUAUCAAUGAAUCACACUGGCUUCUUGGCGAUUCCAAAUUAUGUAUUAAAUAGAGAUAGGAAAAGGCUAUUAACUUUUUAGAAAGCUUUUUAAAUAUAAAAGAAAAAAUACCAAAUAAUCAUAAUUUAAAAAGAAUUGAACUUUUAAAUGUAUGUUCUUUUGCCAUUUAAACAUCAUAAAUUCAUAAAGAAAUACAAUAAUAUUUGAUGAAUUACUAAAUAUAAAAUUUAGACACUUCCUAACAGGGAAGCCUACCUGUUCAAAGAAAUAUUUUUGCAUCAAAUCAGAUAGAUAAAUCUUCAAACGAAAAUAGCAAAUCAUUUAUUUUAAAUAAACCAAAUAAUAGUUCAGAAAAUUAACGAAAAUAUGAGUCCAACAUUUAAAAUAAUAAUUAGUUUCAUCAAUAAUUGCCACCAACUUCACAGUUUAUUAAGCUUGAAGCUCAAAAUUAUAGUAUAAGAUAAGAAGAGCCCAUUAACGCUCAAGAGCUGCUUAAUUUAGCUCAGAUUUAUUACUCCAAAUAGCUUUAAUCCACAUCGCAAAGUUAACAGAUUGAAGAUUAAAAUGUUUCAGGCAAGCUAGAAUAUUAAAAUUUGAACAAAAAGUGCAUAAUCAGUUAAUCUUAGUUAGUUGAUAAUCCAAAAUCUUCUAAAAAAACUAAAAAUAAUAACAGAUUUCAAAAAUUGCACGAGUAUAAUUUUGAUUGUCCCCCAGAAGAUUCAAGAGAGAUUGACUAAGAGCAAAACUUUUAGAAAUUUAAUUAAGAAAAUUAAAAAGAAAUCUAAUAAAAAAAAACUGAAUAAUAAAGUUAGAUUUUAUUUGAAAGAGAUGAAGUAGAAGAAGAACAAUUCAGAAUAAAUUAAUUAAAUUUUAAAUAGUUAUAAAACCAAAAUUCAAAUUGUGAAGAAAAAUAACAAUCAAUUAGUAAAAAUAGUGAAAUAACUAAAAAAGAAAAUGCUUUAAAUUUAGACUAAAAAUUAUAAAAGAAAAAUAGUAAGAAUGAAACCAAUCAAUUAAAUAACUAAGCAUACUAUUCAUCUGUGAUUAACUAAAUGUUUAGCUUAUCGUUCAAAAACUAAAUUAUAGAGGAUGAAUUUGACUUUAACAACAUCAAAACUUCUAAAUCAAUUUAUAGUAAUUCUGAUCCUUCCAAAAAGUAGUUUGGAAUAGAAGUAAUGGUAGUCAAUUCGGACGAAGAUGAAAUUUAAAUCGAAAGAAUUAAAAGAAAUUAUGGCAAAUUCCAUAAUUUUAAUAAGCUCUUUAUGUACAAUGUUGUAAAGAUGUUUUCGGAAUAUAAUCUAGACAAUUUGGGAGUGCCAAAUAUGAUAAUUUAAGAAAUAAUAAAUAUUGUAAAUAAAAUCAAAAUUUCAGCUCGUAGAAGAAAUAAUUCGAACAAAGAAGUUUAGUACGAUUAUUUUUCAAUAGCUCAUUAUAACCUUCUUUUCUAUUUAAUAAAAAAUUCAAACACAAACAUAAUUAAAAAUUAAUUUGAAUAUAUUCAUUUCUACAAAAAAUGUUUCAAAAUAAAUAUAUAAUCUAAUUCAACUUAAUCCUUAACUGUCACUUAUGCGAACAUCAUCAAAAAAUUUUGCUUCCUUAUAUAUAUGAAUUCCAUAUAAAGAUCCUAUAAAUUAGCCAGCUAGGCUUAAUAGAAAACACCCCGUUAGGAAUAUAUCCUAAAAGCAACAGAGGGAAUAUAAAGUCUUCAUCAAGGAAAUCUAGUAAGACGUUUUUGA